AGGUCCCCAGCUGUCUGUCAAAGCCUCGCCAUGAGGCAGGCAGCAUUUCGAAUCAUUUUCAGUACAAACUCUGUGUCGAGCACACCUAGAACCCACUCCAAUCAAAUAAACGCUGCCUGUCACGCUCUACAAGAUGAACUAUUUGCUGAUACUUGGCUGUGCCCUCAUGAUGAUGCGGCCGAUGUACGGUGACUGCCUGCGCAUGAAGCGUUCUCGAGGCGAUACUGCAGGUGAUUAUAAUGAAACCACUGCCAUGGACAAUGCUGCUUCACUGAGCGGAAAGGCCACUGUGCUGACCAACAGCAGCAUUACCACGGCUAACAUGUUGGCAGCCACAUCUCCGAAGCAGCAGAAUAUUACUGGCACUACGAGAGUUCGUGGGAGUACCACCAGCUCCACAACCACCACCGCACUAUCAUCCUCACUUGCUGCUGUGGCAGCCACAUCCUCGCCUCUGAAUGACGCAAAAUUCCAGCUGGUCGAGGAUCCAAUGGGACUGCGCCGUCCCAAGAGGCGUUUGGGUAGCCUGAUGGACGAUAGUCUGCAGCCACGACAAUUGCGCCACAAGCGGCGCCAGGCGGGUGAAGCGGCUGUGGUGGCCACCUCACUGCCACCCAACUUAAAUCCGAAUCCCAAUCCCAAUGCCAAUCCCUAUGUGUACUACAACAAGAUGGUUUCGCCCGAUGGCAAGCACGAGGUGAAGGAGUUCGAGCUGCUGUCGCCCAACAUGAUGAUUGAGAGUGUGCAGCAGGAGCUUAACUACGGCCCCGAAGUCCUGCCACCGGAAUUGGCCGAAGUGCUGCUGCUGAAUGCAGCCGAGAAUGCUCCACGCGGACUCCAUAAUGCAGCGCCACUGAAGCACCAUCGCAAGCACAAAUCCUCGCCGGCUUUGCCACCGAUGCUCUACAUGCUGCAGCAGCUGUUGCAGCCCCCCUUCGAGGGUAAUCUGUUGGUGGAACCGCCAAAGGAGCCGCAGCGUCGCGUUAGUUCGCCCCUCUAUCAAUUCCUUGAUGGCGCCAUGGAUCUGGCUUUGCGCAACAGUCCCGAUGUCAUCGAUCACCUGCUGGGGGAUCACCUGGAACUGGAGCUGGAGAUGGAGAAGAUGAAGGGGCUCAAGGAUAAGGCACUCGCGAAGAAGGCCAAGAAGGAGGCACAGAAGCUGGAGCCCAAGGAGGAGCUCAUCGUCAGCUGUCCCAUCCACCACGAGCACCAUGCCAAUCGCAAUGGCGACGUGGUCGAGGACGAUGUCGUCCUGGUCAACGAGUGCCAUCUGGUCUAAAUUUAAAAAAAAAACAAAAAACCAAAAAACGGCAGCUGUGAACCAUAUUUCUCAAAAAUUUUAGGUUUCUUGUUUUUCCAUUAGUUUUUUUUUUAUGUUGGUGCAACGAAGAAGUCGGUCUCUACACUGUUUAUAUUUGUUGCAAACUUAGGUAUUUAUUUUGUACACAACAACGGACAAUAAAAACUAACUACACAUCA